AGUGAGUAACACCCGCGUUACUGGUCAGAGCAUCUUUUAUAGUUUAUUACAGAGCCUCAUAUAGUUUUAAUUAGAACCUCUCUCAGUGUCAGUAUUUAUAUAGAUUCAUUACAUUAAUUAUAUAUACAUUAAUUCUUUUGUGUUUAAUUGAAAUAUUUAGUAUUAAUAUCAACUUAUAAAAGCAUUAUAUACAUUGUUACAACAAGUGUCUAAUUUAAUAAAUCGGUAAUCUUAGUAUAACGUAAUCUACGUGUUACUUAUUUAACACCAAUACCUACGGUUUAACGUCAUUCGACGGUGGAUCACACUUCAUUGGUGGCAGCGGUGGGAUCUCUAAAAGGGAAAAAUUGUCAUAAUUUAUUUUGUGACAGUGCAAUUUUGGAGAUCACUAAAGAACCUACGUGGACCACCGCCGUUUGGUUUCAACCGGCUUGGUGUCAGAAAAUCACUACGGAAAAUCAGUACAGGAAGAUAAGGCAAUCACGUUCAAUAGUCGGAGACUCGAGUGUCUAAAGGUAUAUAUAUAGUAUACAUAUUUAAAAAAAAUAUAGUGUAUAUCGGAAAAAUACGCACCGCCGUCGUCAGUAUCGUAACGGCGUGUUACAUUAUACAUUCGGCCGGUCGGAUAUAAUAUAUAUGUAUAUACGCCGGUGUAUACUAUGUACAUCUAUACAAUUCAUUACCGGACGGGCGUGCUGGCAGUCCCGCAGCCGCUGUCGAGGCAACCCGAUCAUAUAAAAUACGAUCUAAGAAAUAGUGUUAAUUCGUUCGAUACGCGCUGCUGGCAGUUUCGUUGUUGUGCGUCAUAUAUAAUAUUCAUACGCGUCGCCGUAGCCGCCAAGGUAAAUCGUUCAUACGCUGUGGGUCAGCGUCCCGUACACACGAGCGAGGAGGGGUCGGUUGUCAUCGCCUUCGUCGUCGUCGUCGUCGCCGCCGCCGUGUUGAACAGUGUCAUCGUCGAGGAGCAGUACGCGACGCCGCCGCAGGAGUAGGGCAAGGUCAACGCCACCGUGUCAGUGGGUCAGAGUAUCAACAACAUCGUGCCGCUAUCUACAGAAGCGUUAUCGAGAAUAAACAACAACAGUCGACUACAAUUCAAUAUGCAACAAUAUUUAUUAGGCACAAUUUUAAAAAAAAGCUUUCCUAAAAGCACCAUCGAGAAUAAAUAAAUACAGAAAAGAAAUGCCGGGUAUACCUUUACCACCCGAACCUAUUAUUACAAGAUGGGGAACAUGGUUAAACGCUGAACUUUUCUAUGCAAAUAAUUUUGAAAAGUUUAAAAACGUGAUUGAAAGUUUAAAAGAUGAUGCUUUAAGUGUCGAAAAGCUGAAACUGCUUGUACAAGAUAAUGCAGUCAAAUGUGGUUUAGCAUUCAUAAAAUUACACUUAUCUGAGUUAUGCACGAAUCUCAAAAAUUUGGAAGAAUCUAAUAGUGAACUACUGAAAAGUAUGGAUAUUUUUAGAAAAAUUGAAGAUAUUUUAACAAACAUUCCUGGUCCAGAAGGGGGAAAAAUUAAGGAAAAAUGUAUGUAUGUAAUUGAAAAAAAUGAAGGGUAUAAAACUUUAAAGUGUUACUAUGAAGUCAUGUCAGGUAAAGCAAAUGUUAAUUUAGAUAUAACGCCUACUUUAUUAAAUUGUUUUAAAUAUGCACCAAUAACGAGUGUUGACGUAGAACGUAGUUUCUCGUUGUACAAACAUAUUUUAACUAAUAGAAGAUUUAAUUUUAAUGAAAAUAAUUUAGAAAUGUAUUUAAUCAUCAAUUUUAAUUCAAAAAUGUAAAAUUAAUAUUAAAUGUAAUUAAUGUAAUAUUAAUUAAUGCAUAUAUAAAUACGACUUGCAUUUUUAUAGUGCAAUUUAUUUUGCAAUUUUUAUGGGAUUUUUGGUGCAA